CUACGUAGAAUCUAUGCAUGUUCGUAGGUUAGCCAUCAAAAUGUUCACUACUUAAAACUUAUAAAUAUUGGCCUAUGAAUCACUAGGAAUAUAUUCAUCAAUGUUUGUAUUAUUGUUCUAAAAAGAAUCAAGGUGUUAAGGUGCAAUUCGGCCUGGAACUGCUCGAUUUUAGGAUCCAUGGAGGCGAUCGAGGAGCUACAGCAGCUCGCCGAUUUGAUGCGCCUAGGCGGGGCUCUGCUCGCCAACGAAGACGUCGAAGCCGGCGUGUCUUCAUCGUCCAAGCGGCCGUCCACCUUCCUCAACGCAGUUGCUCUCGGCUGCACGGGUGCCGGUAAAUCAGCUGUGCUGAACAGUGUAAUUGGACAUCCAGUUCUGCCAACUGGAGAAGGUGGAGCUACGCGUGCUUCGGUAUGUGUUGAGUUGAAAAGGGACAGUUCCUUAAGCAGUAAAGUACUUGUUUUGCAGAUUGAAAGCAAAUCACAAGAAGUCUCUGCAAGUUCUCUUCGCCGCUCUUUGCAAGAGAGAUUUGGCAAAGGAUCGAGCAAGAAUCGUGAUGAGAUAUAUUUGAAGCUUAAAAACAGUACCGCUCCACCAUUAAAGUUAAUUGAUUUACCGGGAGUAGACAAAGGGCGUCUUGAUAGUUCAGCAAGUCAGUAUGUUGAGCAUAGUGAUGCGAUAUUACUUGUCAUAUUACCUGCAUCUCAGGCACCAGAAGUUUCCUCGUAUAAAGCACUUAGAAUUGCAAAGGAGAAUGAUGGAGAAUCUACUAGAACCAUUGGUGUAAUCAGCAAGAUAGAUCAGGCAGCUUCAGAUCCAAAGAUUCUUGCAGCUGUCCAGGCUCUUCUGCUUAACCAAGGACCACCCAGCACGUGUGAUAUUCCAUGGGUUGCUUUGAUUGGUCAAUCUGUUUCAAUAGCCUCAGCCCAAUCAGGCAAUGUUGGGGAUGAUUCUUUAGAAACAGCUUGGAGGGCUGAGAGUGAGAGUCUUAAAUCUAUUUUGCCAGGGGCUCCUCAGAGUAAGCUUGGUAGAUUAGCCUUAGUGGAAAGUCUUGCUCAACAGAUCCGCAAUCGCAUGAAACUUCGGCUACCAAACCUCCUCUCAGGGCUUCAGGAUAUGUCUCAAUCAGUAAAUGAUGAAUUGGUAAAGCUUGGCGGACUGGUUCAAAGUGCUGAAGGUACAAGAGCUUUAGCUCUGGAGCUUUGUCGUGAAUUUGAAGAUAAAUUUCUCCAACAUCUUACAAGUGGUGAGGGUAGUGGAUGGAAAGUUGUUGCAAGUUUCGAAGGAAACUUCCCAAACAGGAUCAAGCAUCUUCCCUUGGAUAGACAUUUUGACCUUAAAAAUGUGAAGCGUAUUGUAUUAGAGGCUGAUGGAUAUCAACCUUACCUUAUAUCGCCAGAGAAAGGGUUAAGGUCUUUACUAAAGACUGUACUUGAGAUGGCAAAAGAACCUUCAGAACUCUGUGUCGAUGAGGUGCACCGGGUACUUUCUGACCUUGUCUUAGCAGCUGCAAAUGGUACACCAGGUCUAGGAAGAUAUCCUCCUUUCAAGAGAGAGGUUGUUGCUAUUGCAACUGCUGCCUUAGAAAAUUUUAAGAAUGAAGCAAAGCAUAUGGUUGUUGCACUUGUUGACAUGGAGCGUGCAUUUGUUCCCCCACAACACUUCAUUCGAUUAGUGCAGAGGCGGAUGGAUAGGUACAGACGAGACGAAGAUCACAGAAGUCGAUCUUCUAAAAAGGCAUCUGAGGCAGAGUCCUCCAUAUUGAAUAGGGCAACCAGUCCUCAACCUGGUGGAAGCUUGAAAUUAAUGAAGGAUAAGCCUAGUCAGCAAGAUAAGGACGUACCAGAAGGUCCGGUCUUGAAAACUGCAGGGCCAGAAAGUGAAAUUAUAGCAGGAUUUCUAUUAAAGAAAAGUGCCAAAGCUAAUAGCUGGACUAAGAGAUGGUUUGUAUUAAAUGAAAAAAGUGGAAAGUUAGGAUACACCAAAAGACAGGAGGACAGGCAUUUCCGUGGUGUCAUCAAUUUGGAGGAAUGUAACCUUGAAGACAUGUCUGAGGAAGAAGAAUCAUCAUCCUCCAAGAGUUCCAAGGACAAAAAGGAAUAUUCCAAUGCAUUCAAAAUUACGAGCCGGGUUCAAUACAAGACUGUUCUUAAAGCACAUAGUUUUGUGAUUUUGAAGGCAGAUACUACGGCAGAGAAGGCAGAAUGGGUAAACAAGUUGAAAAAUGUCAUAAGUUCUAAGGGAGGCCAGGAUACAAUGGCUAGGAAACCUCUGGACCCAGAAGAAGAACUCCGUUGGAUGGCUCAGGAAGUACGUGGAUACGUUGAAGCCGUUCUCAACAGUCUUGCAGCCAAUGUCCCUAAAGCAGUUGUUCUCUGUCAAGUCGAAAAGGCCAGAGAAGACAUGCUUAACAAGUUGUAUAUUUCUAUCAGUGGACAGAGUUUGUCAAGGAUUGAAGAACUACUGAUGGAAGACCAAAAUGUAAAGCGUAGGCGGGAGGGGUGUCAGAAAAAAUCCUCUCUUCUUUCUGAGAUUACUCGAAAACUAAAUACGCUCGACAACCGGGCAACAAGUGCUUCAACCUUCUCUGAGUAUGAUGGACCUGAAAGAGCAAACGAUUCAUCAACAGAUGAGUGGACAUCUGCAUUUGAUGCUAAUUCUGGUGAUUCAACAUCCAGGGGACGCCGGGCACCUUCUCGGCUGCCCCCUGCCCCGCCCGAUUCUUCAUCAUCUGCCUUCAAAUAUUAGAAGUAGACUAAUAUCACAGAGCAUAUAUAACAACAGGUGCGACUAUAGGUUUUUGAUCAUCCCUGCAAUUGAUUGUCCUUCAAUUUUCUACAUUGCACAUUUGUGUUUUUAAAUCUUGGUUUUCUGACCAAUAUAUUGAUUUGAACUUGUCCCAGAAAGUAAAAGAUCUGAAUUUGU